CGCCUCUCUUUUUUUUAAAACUCCUUGCGGUCACGUGACAGCAGCAAGCUUCAAACGGCUGAGAGUGCGGCGCUGCGCGAGCCUCAUCAUCCUCUUCCCAACAGCCAGCAGAACCUCUGCAGCGGCAGAGAGGAGAACCGACCGAACCACCGGAGGGUCUUCACCGAGCCAAGGAAGCGGGCAACAUGGCGGUCCCCCGUUAAAACCAGACCCACAUUUAUCCUCUUUGUUCUACCCCCCCGACGCCUCUCUGUCUUUACGCGCCUCCGCUGAGGAGGGGCCGCCGCCGAGAAGGAGAAGCGCUCCCGAUACAGGAGGAGAGCAGGAGCGGCUGAGGAGGCAGCUUAUCAAGCCGGAGACCUGUUCAGUUCGGUACCAGCCGAAUGGCGGACCGCGAGGCGUCGCCGAUACCGUUGGAGAUCCGAGCCCGGCUGGCGGAGCUGGAGCUGGAGCUGUCAGAGGGGGACAUCACUCAGAAGGGUUAUGAGAAGAAGAGGUCCAAGCUGAUCAGGGCAUAUGCUGGAGCUUUUCUGCCUGCUUCUGUAGGUAUGGAGGGGCCCAUGUCUCACCGGGCCCCGCUCGGCCCUCCAGCCGCCGCCCGUUUCCACCGACGGAGAACGUCUGGAACGAGAGACGAGCGCUACCGAUCAGACGUCCACACUGAGGCGGUCCAGGCAGUGUUGGCGCGGCACGUGGAGAGGAAGAUGGCGGUGCCCAUGCCUUCCAAACGGCGCUCUCUGGUGGUCCAGACCUCUAUGGAUGCGUACACGCCUCCAGGACUGUCUCCCCUGUGCUCAGACUCGUCGUCGGGCUCCGAGGAGGAGGCGGGGCCAGGUGACGACAUGACGGGCAUGGAGCACUGGAUGAGUCGCCCCUCCCAGCUUGGCCCCGCCCACCUCGGCUCCACAUCUUCCUCCUCCUCGUCCACUCAGAGUGGAGGCAGUGGGAACGCCGGACGGCUCGCCGACUCUCUGGCGCACACCCACAUCUCCCAUCUGGCCCACCUGGGGCACCCGCACCUCGGCCAGUCGCACCACCAGCAGAGCCUCCUGUCACAGUCGCAUCAUGGGAUCGGCCACCUGUCUCUGAAGAGGAAAGGAGCUCUGAGUGUGGCGGAGAACGGCGGCUCUCUGCGGCGGUCCUGCGAGUUUGGAUCCGACAUGCUGUGGCCGCCGCCUCGGGAGUCAGACGAGAACCAUUCUGCGCCUCCGGACGUGACGGGAUAUUCAUCGGACUCGUCCCACUCCCACACAGAACGUCACCACAUGUCCAACAUGGGAACAAUCGCCAGGAGCACGCAGAAGUACGGCAACGCGGAGCGCAUGGAGACAGGCGACGGUGUUCCAGUGAGCAGUCGAGUGUCGGCUAAGAUCCAGCAGCUUGUUAACACGCUGAAGCAGCCCCGCAGACCGCCCCUGCGCGAGUUCUUCGUUGAUGACUUUGAUGAGCUUCUAGAGGUCCAGCAGCCGGACCCCAACCAGCCUCGGCCAGAGGGGGCGGAGAUGAUGCCGGUGAGGGGGGAGCCGCUGGGUGUGGUCACAAACUGGCCUCCUUCCCUGGAGGCGGCGCUCCAACGCUGGGGGACCAUCUCCCCUAAAGCCCCCUGCCUCACCAGCCUGGACACGGCAGGGAAGCCCCUCUAUGUGCUCACAUACGUUACGGCCGUCAACAAUUUGUCUCACUAUGGCGCUGGGUUACGGGCGGUGGCGCUGGUUUUCCCUAACAACGAUCCGGUGGCCUUCAUGGUGGCCUUCUAUGGCUGUCUGCUGGCCGAGGUGGUUCCCGUUCCCAUAGAGGUCCCGCUAAGUCGCAAAGAUGCAGGGAGCCAGCAGAUCGGGUUUUUAUUGGGCAGCUGUGGUGUUACCGUGGCGCUGACCAGCGAUGCCUGCCAUAAGGGUCUUCCAAAGAGCGCAACAGGAGAGAUCCCACAGUUCAAAGGAUGGCCCAAGCUGCUGUGGUUUGUGACGGAGUCCAAGCACCUCUCCAAGCCUCCCAGAGACUGGUUCCCACACAUCAAAGAUGCAAACAAUGACACUGCUUACAUAGAGUAUAAAACCUGUAAGGACGGCAGCGUGCUGGGAGUCACAGUGACGAGGAUCGCUCUGCUAACACACAGUCAGGCUCUCACCCAGUCCUGCAGCUACACUGAGGCGGAAACCAUUGUGAACGUCUUGGACUUUAAGAAGGAUGUGGGAUUGUGGCAUGGCAUCCUGACGAGCGUGAUGAACAUGAUGCACGUGAUCAGCGUGCCGUACUCCCUGAUGAAGGUCAACCCUCUGUCGUGGAUCCAGAAAGUCUGCCAGUACAAAGCCAAAGUGGCCUGCGUGAAGUCCAGAGACAUGCACUGGGCUCUGGUGGCCCACAAAGACCAGAAGGACAUCAACCUGAGCUCGCUACGGAUGCUGCUGGUCGCCGACGGAUCCAACCCCUGGUCCAUUUCCUCCUGUGACGCCUUCCUCAACGUCUUUCAGACCAAAGGGCUGAGGGCCGAGGUCAUCUGUCCCUGCGCCAGCUCGCCUGAAGCCUUGACGGUCGCCAUCAGGAGGCCGGUGGAGGACAGCAGCCAGCCUCCAGGCCGUGGCGUCCUGUCCAUGCAGGGUCUAAGCUAUGGAGUCGUCAGAGUGGACACAGAGGAGCGACUGUCUGUGCUCACCGUGCAGGACGUUGGCACCGUCACCCCAGGAGGCCUUGUGUGCGUGGUUAAACCGGAGGGCGUCCCUCAGCUUUGUCAGACGGACGAGAUCGGCGAGCUCUGCGUCUGCUCCAUCGCCACGGGAACGUCCUAUUAUGGCCUGACGGGAAUGACAAAGAACACCUUUGAGGUGUAUCCAGUGAGCUCCAGCGGGGGUCUGAUCAGCGAGUACGCCUUCGUCCGGACCGGCCUGCUGGGCUUCAUCGGACCCGGCGGCCUCGUCUUCAUCACAGGGAAAAUGGACGGGCUCAUCAUGGUGAGCGGGCGGAGGCAUAACGCAGACGACAUCGUGGCCACGGCGCUGGCGGUGGAACCCAUGAAGUUCGUCUACAGAGGGCGGAUAGCCGUGUUCUCUGUGACGGUGCUGAGGGAUGAGCGGAUCGUGGUGGUGGCUGAGCAGAGGCCAGACUCCACGGAGGAGGACAGCUUCCAGUGGAUGAGCCGGGUUCUGCAGGCCAUAGACAGCAUCCAUGGGGUGGGCGUCUUCUGUCUGGCUCUGGUUCCGGCCAACACCCUUCCCAAGACUCCUCUAGGCGGCAUCCACCUGUCAGAGAUCAAGCAGCUGUAUCUGGAGGGGGGGCUGCACCCGUGCAACGUCCUGAUGUGUCCCCACACCUGCGUCACCAACCUGCCCAAGCCGCGGCAGAAACAGCCAGAGAUCGGACCCGCCUCCGUGAUGGUGGGGAAUCUGGUGUCGGGGAAGAGGAUAGCUCAGGCCAGUGGCAGAGACCUGGGACAGACCGACGACAACGACCAGUUCCUGUUCCUGUCAGAGAUCCUGCAGUGGAGAGCUCAGACCACUCCAGACCACGUCCUCUACACCCUCCUCAGCUCGCGGGGGGCGGUGUCCAACUCCCUCACCUGCCUGCAGCUGCAUAAGAGGGCGGAGCGAGUGGCAGCUCUGCUGAUGGAGAGAGGAGGCCUACAGGAGGGAGACCACGUUGCUUUGGUUUACCCACCAGGGAUCGACCUGAUCGCAGCUUUCUAUGGCUGCCUGUACGCCGGCUGUGUUCCCAUCACAGUGCGACCGCCUCAUCCUCAGAACAUCUCCACCACGCUGCCCACCGUCAAGAUGAUUGUGGAGGUCAGUCACUCGGCCUGCGUGAUGACGACGGCCGUCAUCUGCAAGCUGCUGCGCUCUAAGGAGGCUACGGCCACCGUGGACAUCAGGAACUGGCCUCCAGUUCUGGAUACCGAUGACCUGCCAAAGAAGAAGCCCCCGGCGCUCUAUAAGCCCACCAACCCAGACGGCUUGGCCUAUCUGGACUUCAGCGUGUCCACGACCGGCAUGCUGGCCGGAGUUCAGAUGUCCCAUAAUGCCGUUGGGGCCUUUUGCCGCUCGGUGAAGCUGCAGUGUGAGCUGUACCCGUCCAGAGAGGUGGCCAUCUGUCUGGAUCCAUACUGCGGCCUGGGCUUCGUCCUCUGGUGUCUCUGCAGUGUUUAUUCCGGCCACCAGUCCAUCCUGAUCCCACCGGUGGAGCUGGAGACCAACCCGGCUCUGUGGCUGCUGGCCGUCAGCCAGCUGAGGGUGAGGGACACCUUCUGCUCCUACAGCGUCAUGGAGCUCUGCACCAAAGGACUGGGCCUGCAGACCGAAGCUCUGAAGGCCAGAGGUCUGGAUCUGUCUCGGGUUCGGGCCUGCGUGGUGGUGGCUGAGGAGAGGCCCAGGAUGGCGCUGACGCUCUCCUUCUCCAAGCUCUUCAAAGACCUGGGCCUUCAUCCUCGAUCUGUCAGCACAGCGUUUGGCUGCAGGGUCAACCUGGCCAUCUGUCUGCAGGGCACCUCAGGCCCCGACCCCACCACCGUGUACGUGGACAUGAGAGCGCUGCGCCAUGACAGGGUUCGGUUGGUAGAGCGAGGGUCGCCCCACAGUCUGCCGCUGAUGGAGUCUGGGAAGAUCCUGCCAGGAGUUCGUAUCAUCAUCGCAAACCCGGAGACCAAAGGACCGCUGGGAGACUCCCAUCUCGGAGAGAUCUGGGUUCACAGCGCUCAUAACGGCAGCGGCUACUACAGCGGUUACGGCGAGGAGGUCCUCCAGUCGGACCACUUCAGCUCCAGGCUCAGCUUCGGGGACACUCAGACGGUCUGGGCCAGGACGGGUUACCUGGGCUUCCUGCGCCGCACCGAGCUCACUGAUGCCAACGGAGAGAGGCACGAUGCUCUGUUUGUGGUCGGAGCUCUGGAGGAGGCCAUGGAGCUGCGGGGGAUGAGGUACCAUCCCAUAGACAUCGAGACCUCCGUCAUCCGCGCACACAAGAGCAUCAUGGAGUGCGCCGUCUUCACCUGGACCAACCUGCUGGUGGUGGUGGUGGAGCUGGAGGGCUCUGAGCAGGAAGCCCUGGACCUGGUUCCUAUGGUGACCAAGGCCGUGCUGGAGGAGCACUACCUGAUCGUGGGCGUCGUCGUGGUGACGGACGUCGGCGUCAUCCCCAUCAACUCCCGUGGCGAGAAGCAGCGCAUGCACCUCCGUGACGGCUUCCUCCAAGACCAGCUGGACCCCAUCUACGUGGCCUACAACAUGUAGCCUGGCUGCCUGUGAGAGAGAGAGCGCGUGGGUCUGAGUGCUGCUCGUAUCGCCGCCGUCGUUCCUUCAUUCCCCAGAAAUCCACAUGUACUGUAUUUUUCAGCAUUUAUUUGAUGUGUUCUGCAGUCGUCCGUUUUCUUUCAGGUCGUGUCAUUCCAGUCGAUCGAUUUCAGCUCCCAGACUGACCGUUUUUAAACCCUCGCUCGAUCCCGUGACCAAUAGGAAGCCUUAGAGGAACACUGUGUUCAGGGCGACACGCCGUCUUUCAGAAGUACUAAACAACCGAAAGAGACCGACCAUUACUGGAAAAUCCUUGGAUCUGUGGUUCUGUUUCAAUUCAAACGUCAUGGGGCAUCAGAUUAUUGUACAAACUAUAAAUACUGUAUAUAAACAUAAUGAUCUAUAUGGAGAGGAACUAAAACACAGCGAGGUGUAGUAGCCCCUAAAUGCAGCUCUCUCCACCCGCACCCUGACUGUGUGGGAGUGUGUGUGUGUGUGUGUGUGUUGACCUGUCUGUGUCGAUGUGCGACAGGAACGUUUUCUGUCCUUUUAAAAUCACAGAUUUUAUUCUAAGACGAUCAAAGAAAAACCUUUUAACCUGUGGGGGCAAAAAAACAACUGUGUGAAUCGGCCGCAGCUUUCUUUUGUCUAUUUGAAAAAUAUUUAACAAAAACUUGUUUUUUUCCCGUUUUCGGUGAUUUUUCUUCCUGUCUCAAAAGAAAAGGGGAAAAAAAAGUCUAAAAGUGGUCGAAAAAAAUGCUGGAUAUUUCAACAG